AUGCUCUCCGAUGUGCAGCAGGUGGGUGUGUUUGCAGGAGCGACAGGGUCAGGAGCCCAGGGGUCCAAAGCCUAUCUUCCUUCCCCUCAUCUCCGGAGAUGGAUACGGGCUGCAGGGAGUAUCCUGCACCUAGAGCUGCUGGUGGCUGUGGGUCCUGACGUCCACCAGGCCCACCAGGAGGACACGGGGCGCUAUGUGCUCACCAACCUCAACAUUGGGUCAGAAUUGCUGAGGGACCCAUCCCUGGGGGUUCAGGUCCAUAUACACCUGGUGAAGAUGAUCAUCCUGACAGAGCCCAAGGAUUCUCCAAACAUCACAGCCAACAUCACCUCGUCACUGCUGAGUGUCUGUGACUGGAGCAGGACCUUCAACCCCACAGAUGACACAGACCCUGGGCACGCUGACCUGGUCCUCUACAUCACCAGAUUUGACCUGGAGUUGCCUAAUGGCAACCGGCAGGUUCGAGGGGUCACCCAGCUUGGAGGUAUCUGCUCCUCCUCCUGGAGCUGUCUCAUCACCGAGGACACAGGCUUUGACCUGGGGGUCACCAUCGCCCAUGAGAUUGGGCACAGUCUCGGCCUAGUGCACGACGGCGCGCCUGACAGCGGCUGUGGGUCCAGCGGCCAAGUCAUGGCGGCCGAUGGCUCAGCGCCGGCCCGCGGGGGGCCCGCCUGGUCAGCCUGCAGCCGCCGGCAGCUGCAGCACCUGCUCAGCGCAGGGCGGGUGCGCUGCUUGUGGGACCCGCCCCCGCCACAACCUGAACUCGCCGGGCGCCCGCCAAACGUGCAGCCCGGCCUCUACUACGGCGCAGACGAGCAGUGCCGCGUGGCCUUUGGUCGCACUGCCAUCGCCUGCACCUUCUCCAAGGAGAACCUGGACAUGUGCCAAGCUCUCUCCUGCCACACAGACCCCCUGGACCCCAGCAGCUGUAGCCGUCUCCUCAUUCCCCUCCUGGAUGGCACAGAAUGUGGCAUGGACAAGUGGUGCUCCAGGGGGCGCUGUCGUUCGCUGGCGGAGCUGCCCUCCAUGGCUGCAGUGCAUGGGCAUUGGUCCAACUGGGGACCCCCUAGUCCUUGCUCCCGCUCCUGUGGAGGAGGUGUGCUCACCAGAAGGCGGCAAUGUAACAACCCCAGACCCGCCUUUGGGGGGCGUGCAUGCGCAGGCGCUGACCUCCAGGCUGACCUGUGCAACACCCAGGCCUGUGAGACCAGCCAGCUGGAGUUCAUGUCAGAACAAUGUGCCCAGACCAACGGGCAGCCACUGCUCCUCCCUGAUGGCGGUACUGCCUUCUACCGAUGGAGCUCAGCUUCGCAGUACAGCCAAGGUGAUGCUCUGUGCAGGCACAUGUGCCGGGCAGUUGGUGAGAACUUCAUCAUGAGGCGUGGAGACAGCUUUGUAGACGGAACUCGCUGUGUACCAAGUGGUCCGAGGGCAGAUGGGACCAUCAGCCUGUGCCUGUCGGGCAGCUGCAGGAUACUGGGCUGUGAUGGCAGGAUGGACUCCCAGCAGGUAUAUGACAUGUGCCAGGUGUGUGGAGGAGACAACAGCACCUGCAGGCAACAGAGCGGCUCUUUCUCGGCUGGAAAAGCCAGAGAAUAUGUGACAUUCCUCACGGUUACCCCUAACCUAACCAGUGUCUAUGUCACCAACCACAGUCCUCUCUUCACGCACUUGGCAGUGAGAAUUCGAGGACAGUACAUCGUGGCUGGGAAUUCAAGCAUCUCUCCCAAUACCACCUACCCCUCACUGCUGGAGGACUGCCGCAUUGAGUACAGGGUGCUCCUCACUGAGGACCAGCUGCCCCACAGGGAGGAGCUCCACAUCCAAGGACCUGCCCAGGAAGACAUCGAGAUCCAGGUUUACAGGCGCUAUGGUGAGGAGUAUGGCAGCCUUGCAUGCCCAAACAUCACCUUCAGCUAUUUCCAGCCUAAGCAGCCACAGGCGGGGACAUGGGUUGCCACUCGGGGGUCCUGUUCGGUGAGCUGUGGGGCAGGGCAUCGCUGGGUGUCCUAUGGCUGUCUAGAUCAGGCCCAGAAUGAGUGGGUAGAGGCCAUCUGGUGCAGAGGGAGCCCGAAGCCGCCAGCUUGGUCAGAGUCCUGCACCCUUUUGCCCUGUCCCCCACAGAAGGAGACGUUGGCCCCUGGUCCAACUGUGUGGAACAGGACAUGUGGGUCAGGAGUAGAAGGCCAGGAGGCUCUGUCGCCUGCUGGGCCGUGUUCCACAGAUGAAAAGCCAUCUACACUUGCACCCUGCUUCGGGAUGUCAUGUCAUCAGGGCUGGGGUCAUCUAGAUGCCAUGGCUCCAGGAGAGGAAGCUCCAUCCCCACUAGACAGUCCCAGGCCAGGGACUCUUGCUGUACACGUGUGGAUUCCUCUGGGUGGGCCCUGCUCCGUCUCCUGUGGCCAAGGCCUGAGGGAGCUGCGCUCUGUGUGCAUGGAUUCUGCCCACAGCACAGUGGUCCCAGAAGAGCUGUGUGACCUGGAAAGCAGACCCGGAAGCUCAUGGGAGGCCUGCCAGGCUGCUCCGUGCCCAGCACGGUGGGAAACCCGAGCCUUGGCACCAUGUCCAGUGACUUGUGGAGGGGGCCAGGUGCCACUGGCUGUGCGCUGCGUGAGGUCAGAUGGUGGCCGAACCAUUCCCCUGCCCCACGCCAGGUGCUGGCAGCUGCCCCGGCCUGGCCCUCUUGAAGACUGCAGCCCGGAGCCCUGCCCCGCCAGGUGGAGAGUGCUGCCCCCAGGCCCGUGCUCAGCCAGCUGCGGCCUUGGCACUGCCUUGCGCUCUGUGGCCUGUGUUCAGCUGGACCAAGGCCAUGAGACUGAGCUGGACGAGGUGGCCUGUGUGAGUCUGGAGCGGCCAAAGACCACUGUCCCCUGCCUGCUUGCUGAUUGUGCCUACCGGUGGCAUGUCAGCACCUGGACAGAGUGUUCUGUCUCCUGCGGGAAUGGGGUCCAGCGCCGGCAGGAUGCCUGCCUUGGCUCCCAGGCCCAGGUGUCCAUGCCAGCUGACUUCUGCCAGCAUUUGCCCAAGCCGGUGACAGUGCGGGGCUGCUGGGCGGGGCCCUGUGGAGGGCAGGGAACGCUCAGCCCAGCACCCCACCAGGAAGUUACUGCUGCAGGCCAGACCACAGCUGCCACAACUAGAGCUGCCCUGGAGCAGCCGAGGGCCCAGACCCACCUCCCCUCUCCAGCUUCCCAGCCUCCAACCUUCCUGCUCAGGCCCUGGGAAAGCCCUUCAGAGUCCAGUGUCUGUGGACAGCAGCUCCUGGAGCCAGCAGGAAUCAUUGAUCUUCGAGGCCCAGGGCAGGCAGACUGCAUGGUGGCCAUUGGGCGGCCUCUGGGGGAGGUGGUCACGCUCCAGGUGCUUGAGAGUUCCCUCAACUGCAGUGCUGGGGAGAUGCUGCUGCUGUGGGGCAGGCUCACAUGGAAGAAGACAUGCAGGAAGCUGGCUGGCACUGUCUUCAGCUCCAAAACCAACACGCUGGUGGUGAGGCAGCACCUAGUGCAGCUGGAUGGUGGCGUGGUGCUUCGGUACAGGGGCCAGCCUUCCUUGCACACAUCCCACCGAGAAUGCGACAUGCAGCUCUUUGGACCCCAGGGUGAAAUCACAAGCCCACUGCUGAGUCCAGAUGGGAGGAAUAUGGGAAGCUGCCGGGUCUUCAUCAGUGUGGCUCCACAGGCCCGGAUGGCCAUCCACGCCUUGGUCACCGUUGAUGUAGGCACAGGGACCAAGGGGACUGAUGCUGGCUACAUCUUGGUCCGCGACAGUCACAGCCUGAGGAGCUCGACAUUCCACGGACAACAGUGGUUUUACUGGGAGUCGGAGGGCAGCCAGGCUGAGGUGGAGUUCAGCAAGGGCUUCCUGGAGGCGCACUUCAGCCUGUGGGGCCAGUACUGGACCCUCCGUAGUGCUCAGGAAGAGGGGGCCCUGGCCCUGCCCUAG